GUGUUUCACAAAAUGUCUCCCAAUGAGACUCUGUUUUUGGAAAGUACCAACAAGAUCUACAAAGAUGAUAUUUCCAACAGUUCAUUUGUGAAUUUCCAAAUAUGGGAUUUUCCUGGUCAGAUGGAUUUUUUUGAUCCAACAUUUGAUUAUGAGAUGAUCUUCAGAGGAACAGGUGCUCUAAUAUACGUUAUUGAUGCCCAGGAUGACUACAUGGAAGCUUUAACAAGACUCCACAUUACAGUUUCAAAAGCCUACAAGGUCAACCCGGAAAUGAACUUUGAAGUUUUUAUUCAUAAAGUUGAUGGUUUAUCGGAUGACCAUAAAAUAGAAACUCAGAGGGAUAUUCAUCAGAGGGCUAAUGAUGACCUUACAGAUGCUGGACUCGAAAAACUUCACCUUAGCUUUUAUUUGACCAGUAUCUAUGACCAUUCAAUAUUUGAAGCCUUCAGUAAAGUGGUACAGAAGCUCAUUCCACAGCUGCCAACGCUGGAAAAUCUGCUAAAUAUCUUUAUAUCAAAUUCAGGCAUCGAAAAAGCUUUUCUCUUCGAUGUAGUCAGCAAAAUCUACAUUGCAACAGACAGUUCCCCUGUGGACAUGCAGUCAUAUGAGUUGUGCUGUGACAUGAUUGAUGUAGUGAUAGAUGUUUCCUGUAUAUAUGGGUUAAAGGAAGAUGGCACUGGAAGUGCUUAUGAUAAAGAGUCAAUGGCAAUUAUCAAGCUCAAUAACACAACCGUCCUGUACUUAAAGGAAGUAACAAAGUUUUUGGCAUUAGUUUGCAUUCUUAGAGAAGAGAGUUUUGAGCGCAAAGGUCUGAUAGACUACAAUUUUCAUUGCUUCCGCAAAGCCAUUCAUGAAGUCUUUGAAGUAGGUGUUGCCUCCCACAGAAUCUGCAACCAUCAAUCAAGCGCCUCCAGUAUGAAAGCAGUGACUCACAAUGGCACACCUAGGAACGCAGUCUAGAGGAGAGCUAAAGACCUUGGGUAGACUCGUCAGCUCUUCACUCCAAAGCUUUGUGGAACAAGAGAAAAGUAGUCUGAAAGCCUGAAGUAUGUUUCACAGGAGAAGAGUGGUGCUAACUGUCGAACAGCAGCUUGUAACUCUUGUUGGACAACUGAAACUACUGUAAAAAUACAUUAAGGCCAGUGGAGUUAGAAGUGCUGGUUUGAAACCAGCUUUAUUGCAAGUGCAGUGGUUUUUCAGUUUGGAGUCCUGUAUCAUCAGCCUGUCUCUGACUGACGGCCCGGUCAAAACUUACAAAUUAUUGAGUUUUGCGUGAAAUGCUGAAUAGUCACUUUGCUUAACUCUUUUUUUAUUAAUAUGUAGAAUAUCCACUUUUGCUUACAUUUACCCUUUUGUCAUGGAAAA